GUGGAUGUUGUCAGGGUGGGCGGAGUCUCUGGCUUUGCAGAAAUCGAGGAGACUGCUUCUUUGCAACAGCAGUGGUGCCGGCAGUUUUACGUGUGGAUCUUGCUGUUGUCACUGGAUCAUCAGUGACUUGGAGACGUUAGAAGCUGAGCACAGUUUUUGCCUGUCUCUCACACUUUUUGACUGUGGAUGUUUUGCCAUGGCAGCCUCCUUGAUCAGUCGUCAGCUGGCUUUCUCUCUGCAGAAAAACGUGUGGCUCAGUGCUUCAGGUUGCAGAUAUGUCAGCAAAGCAGCAGCAAAGACACAGGUGGAGUUUGACUACGAUGGACCCUCCAUGACAACUACAGUCCCUGGUCCACGAUCACAAGAGCUGAUGAAACAACUGGGACAAAUACAGAAUACUGGUGCCAUCAACUUUUUCUGUAACUAUGAGGAGAGCAAAGGGAACUACCUAGUGGAUGUGGAUGGGAACCGCAUGCUGGAUAUCUACACUCAGAUUUCUUCCAUCCCAAUUGGCUACAACCACCCUGCUCUCCUCAAAGUGAUGGCCAAUCCAAACAAUUUGAGUACAUUUGUGAAUCGGCCAGCCUUGGGAAUCCUGCCACCUGAGAACUUUCCAGACAAAAUCACCGAAAGUCUUCUCUCGGUGGCGCCUAGUGGAAUGACUCGUGUUCAGACAAUGUCCUGUGGUGCUUGCUCCAAUGAAAAUGCUUACAAAGCUAUUUUUAUCUGGUAUAGGAACAAAGAACGAGGCCCAAACACACCAACUAAUGAAGAACUGAACACCUCCAUGAUCAACCAGGCACCAGGUUGUCCAGAACUCAGUAUUUUAUCUUUCAUGGGAGGUUUCCAUGGAAGAACAAUGGGUUGUUUGGCAACAACACACUCCAAAGCGAUCCACAAACUGGACAUUCCAUCAUUUGAUUGGCCUGUUGCCCCAUUCCCCAGACUACAGUACCCACUGGAUGAGUUUACCAGAGAGAACGCCGAGGAAGAGGCUCGUUGUUUGGAGGAGGUGGAAGAUUUGAUUGUGAAGUGGAGACAGAAGGGAAAACCUGUAGCGGGAAUUGUAAUUGAACCAAUUCAGGCCGAAGGCGGCGAUAACCACGCUUCGCCAGACUUCUUCCGAAGACUGCGCAAUAUUGCACGCAAGCAUGGCUGUGCUUUUCAUGUGGAUGAGGUCCAGACUGGUGGUGGAGGCACAGGAAAGUUUUGGGCCCAUGAGCACUGGGGUAUGGACGACCCUGCUGACGUUGUCUCUUUCAGCAAGAAGCUUUUGAGUGGGGGUUACUACCACAAGGAUGAAUUACAGGCAGACAAGCCCUACCGCAUCUUUAACACAUGGAUGGGUGACCCGUCAAAGAACUUGUUCCUUUCUGAGGUUCUCAAUGUGAUUCGGAGAGAAAAUCUUCUGGACGAAGUGACCCGCUCUGGCAAAGCUUUGCUGAAUGGCCUCUAUGAGCUACAGGCUCAGUACCCCAGCAUACUGAGUCGAGCCCGAGGACAGGGGACCUUCUGUGCCAUUGAUGCCUGUGAUGAUGCCGCACGUAACAGGAUCAUGCUCAAGGCCAGAGACAAAGGCGUCCUCCUCGGGGGAUGUGGGGAUCGAUCAAUCAGAUUCCGCCCAGCACUGGUUUUCAAGGAGUAUCAUGUGAACCUCUUCCUCAAUAUUUUUAGUGAUGUGUUGGCACAGCACAAAUAGAUCCUUUCCAAAAUCCUUCUAAAACUAUACAAUCCUGAGUUAAAUCAGAAUGGGGGAAAACGUAACUCUGGACAGUUUAAGAAAAGAGAAGCACAAUCUAAACAAAAUAGAAUUCAACUAGCCCUGAGCUACAGCUAAAAGAAGGCUAGUUGUAGUAAAUGCAAAUUUUGUAGAAUGUUCAUGUUUCUGAAAAAUCUGUUAAAAUAAGCUUAGAAUCUAUAUAAAUAUAGAUUCAUUUCUGUUUAUAUACAUGUAUUCAAGUCUGGUUGAAGUUGCUUUUUCCUGGAAAACAACUACUUAAGUAAAACAGUUAAACAGUUUGUCUUUGUACAGAAAUGUUGGCCAGUCUGCUCUGGAGAUGAGACAUCACGCAGCUGUAUUUUCCUAAAUCUCGCCAUUAUAACUUAUACUGAAGUAUUUCAUUUCACAUUCACAUAAAAAAGUGUUGGUUUUUACGUCAAAUUAAAGUGCUCUCUAAAGCUAACCUUAGUAGUUUUUUGUGGCACUGUUCUGCUUAAUUUCUGGAAUCGGGAAACAUAAAGUUUGCUUUAUUCUUAAUCUGGCCUAAAAACACUCUUGUUUUGAAUAUCACCAGGGAAAAUAUCCCUAAUAUGUAAAACAUUAAACCUUUUUACAUUUAUGAAUUGAGAUAUGAGAUUCAUAAGUACGACUGCACAUGUGGUUGUAAUUCUGUAACAAUUACUAUAGCAAUAAACACAAUAAAUGUCUUAACUCCUAAUGAACUUUAGUUGUUGACUCAUAGUGUUGCAUAAAGCUGCUUUUAGUGCUCAAAUGUGUGCUAAAAGCAGUGCGCAAGAGUCGCCUCACUGCAUACAUUCAUCCUGGCAUGCACCUAUCCUGGAUACAGAGGUACAGUGUCAGUGCUGACUCUCUGUAUGAACACAAUCAAUCUAAACUGUCCGUUAAAACUGUCCAUAAUGUUAUGACUAUUGUGUUGCUCUUAAUAGUAAUAAACUUGAAAUGAUGUAGCCAAGAAAAUGUGACUCUUAAAUAGACCAUGAAAAUGUCAUAGAUAAUUUAGUGCCUGCAUGUUAUUUCAGUGUAACAUUUUUAUGCCCUCUGCUCAAAUGAGAGCCUUGGUAACACCAUUUACUUUACUCUUAAAGAAAAAGAGCUUCAUUGUUGCUGCCUGACAUUUUAUGGAAAUAUGGUUACAUUUUGUUUUCAAGACUCGCUUGUUUUUGAUUUCAUUUAAUACCUUUUAUUUGUGACAUUAGGGUGUACUUUGCUUUACUCUGUGUCACCUGGGAUAGGCUCGAGACCGAUGUCAUCCUAUUUGGGUUUUAAGUACAUUACACUUUACAUAAAACCAUUUCUGAGUCUGACACAAUGUGCUCACAGUCAUUGAUUCAAAAUAACAUAUUAAAAAGUUAAAACAUAAACACUUUAGCAAAUACUAAACCCGUACAAUCAUUAUGCUACUAUCUACACUGUUUACACAUAGAACGAAACAGACCCAAGUAAAAGUUUACUGUAGCUAGGUAAGCUAUUUUGUUAAGGGGGAGUUGAACUUAACGCACAGGUCUAUUACAGACGGUGGUCAAAAGCACACAUUAGUUUCAAUGUGAAGCUGAAAUAAAUUACCAAAUAACUUUAAAGCUGAAAUUCUUUUGACACAUUUGGCAUUUUAAUUUUUUAAAAUCUGCUUCUGUAGAACGUCCUCAGUAGUAGCAAAUGUUCCAUGCAGCUUUUAGGCAAGUGUUAGGAAUGUGAUUCAUGUCUUUUCUAAUUAUGUCUUUAUUGUUUACCUAUUAGAACGAAAUACAAAUAAACAAUAUUUCUUCUCCUUUUUUACGUUUACAUUGCAUAAAUUUUACCCCUCUUAAUGUAGUGAAUUAAAAAACAGUUCACAGGGUCGGAUCAUCAUCCUACACUUAAUACUGAACAUACAUGAAGGUUGGGUUGUAGGGUGUCUCCUAAUAUGAUGAUGAUUUAGACAAUGGUGCCUGUCUUCUUGUUGUCAGUCAUAAUAUGGAGGAUCUGUGAUAAUCUUAAAAAAAACCAUUUACACUAAAUACUUGCACUUGUGAUUUAAUAUUUAUGGUCAUUGAUGUAAUUAUUAUAGAUUGUUGUCUAUAAAAUAUUCUGUCCAUGUACUGUGAUUAAUAAAGUUUUGAGAAACUUGAGUUUUUA